CGGGGCGGGCGGCUCCGCGCUCCGCGUUGGGCCGCUGGGAGGGCGAUGACGGAAUACAAGCUGGUGGUGGUGGGAGCUGGCGGCGUCGGGAAGAGCGCGUUGACCAUCCAGCUCAUCCAGAACCACUUCGUGGACGAGUACGACCCCACCAUCGAGGAUUCGUACAGAAAGCAGGUUGUCAUUGAUGGAGAGACGUGCUUGUUAGAUAUUCUGGACACUGCAGGACAGGAAGAAUACAGUGCUAUGCGAGAUCAGUACAUGAGAACUGGGGAAGGAUUCCUGUGUGUGUUUGCCAUUAACAACAGUAAAUCAUUCGCUGAUAUUAACCUUUACAGAGAGCAAAUCAAGAGAGUGAAAGAUUCAGACGAUGUGCCGAUGGUGCUGGUUGGGAAUAAGUGUGAUUUGCCCACGAGGACAGUAGACACAAAACAGGCUCAAGAAUUAGCAAAAAGUUAUGGCAUUCCCUUCAUAGAGACAUCAGCUAAAACGAGACAGGGUGUGGAAGAUGCAUUUUACACACUGGUGAGAGAGAUUCGGCAGUACCGGAUGAAAAAGCUCAACAGCAAUGAAGAUGGGAAUCAAGGCUGUAUGGGGUUGUCUUGCAUUGUGAUGUGAUAAGAUGCCAGGUUCAGAUGUAGCUGCUGGACAAGUCUCAAUGCUACUGUAUUGUGUCUCAUGCUGAUGCCCUGCAGUAUUUUGGUGCCAGCGACCAGACUCUUGGUACCAAUUAAUUAGCACAGGAUCCUUUUCUGUGCUCCAUCUGAAGAAAACAUCUCUGGUAUCUACCUCCUUGCUCAGCUCACAGAGCAGUCAUAUCUCUUGGUGUACUGGGAUUCUUUUCUAGCUGUGCUGUCUGGGUUUGUUCAAGAAGAAAACCAGUCACAAGAAAAGUGAAUUACAGAGACUAAAUGCUGUGAAAAAGAUCACACUUUACCUCCAGAGUAAAAGCUAGAAGUGGCGUUUGACCCCUUUGCAUUGGAUUCAGAUUUGCGGUGUUGUCAGAGGAGUGGCAGAAGUAAUUUUGCCAUUACAAAGGUUUCUGUCACCAGUCGGAUUGAUGUCUGCUGUCUGUGCACCCAGUGUAUCUGCAACAUCUGCAUUGUGCCAGGAGUAUCACUUCACUGAUUAACUGAUCCUUUAUUUUUCUGUAAUAAAAAGGAGAUAUCUUCGCUAA